CAUGGUGUAUGGACGAAAAGACCAAUCUAUAUCUUCCAUCCUAGGCCGGCCACCUCCAAGCAACAAGUUACACUCGCCUCUUUUUCACACAACACAUCCAAACAGACACUCCUGUCCUUCACCAUUCCAAGUCCCCAGCUCUCUCUCCUCCUCCCAUCCCUCAGCUCCUCCCCUCCCCCCUCCUCUCUCCCAGCAAGAAAUCUUCCAAGUUCCGCACCUCAAUUCCGCCCUAGCCCAACCAGCAACCUUUGGCCAACUCUGUCGAUCUCUCUAGGUAGCCACAAGUCCACAGCGGCAGCGGAUAUCACACCACUUGCUCUUCGCCAGUUGCGAGAGGGAUCAAUGGAGCUGUUCCCGUCGCACCCGGACCUGCAGCUCCAGCUCCAAAUCAGUCCGCCCCCUGCCACCAAGCCAAUGGACCUAGGGUUUUGGAAGAGGGCUCUCGACACCACCGCCGCCGCCGCCGCCGCCGCGACCACGGCAGCAUCAGCGGGAGCUACCUUCGCACCUCCGUCCAUCGCCAGGACACACCCCUCGGUGCCGGCAGCUGCCGGCGGCGGCUUCCAUGCAGCGCACUACGGCGCAGCCGAUGGCCACCUGGGCGGGCUGCAGUUCUUGCAGCACACCCAACCCAUCCUCCACGAGGUGCAGGACCUGGCAGCGAUGAAGCCCAUCCGGGGCAUCCCCGUGUACAACACCUCGCAGUCGCUCCCCUUCCUCCAGAGCCAGCUCCACCACCACAACUACCACCACCAGCAUUGCUACGACGCGAUCGGCGGCGCGGCAGGCGGGCCGAGGUCGCCCGGCAAGGUCGGCGCGCUGCGGCUGGCGGCGCCGCCGGCCAAGCGGAACUCCCGUGCGCCCAGGAUGCGGUGGACCACGUCGCUGCACGCGCGGUUCGUCCACGCCGUCGAACUGCUCGGAGGCCACGAGAGAGCAACGCCCAAGUCGGUUCUUGAGCUAAUGGACGUGAAGGAUCUAACCUUGGCCCAUGUCAAGUCUCACUUGCAGAUGUACCGGACCAUCAAGACCACUGACCACAAACCAGCUGCUGCCUCAUCCUACGGACAAGCCAAGACAAUCAUCGACAUCCCUGACGACAGCUCCUUCGACAUCGCCAACACCAGCGGGUCUGAGUCUUCAGUCCAGCAAUCAAAUCUUGACGGGAACGAGCAUGGAUCCAACAUGUGCGCUCUAUGGAGCAACAACUCGAGGAAAGGCCGCUCCUUGAAGGUGGAAUAAGGUUCUCCCUGCCUAGUCCCAGGCUCGGCGAUGUGUUUAGCACAGUGAGAGGGUGUGUGGAGAUGUGUCUCCAGCGAAUCUAGUGGGAUUCGGUCGGUGCUAGUCUUUGGUGGUUGUGCUUGGAUCUUGUCUUCGUUUAUGUGUCGGUAGGUUGGAUCCUUUCGAUUUAUGGUUCUUUUUAUCUGCAACGGUUGUUGUUCUGGUGCGCUCGUGUUACAGUGCCAUAGCAGGACGACUUCCCAAAUGCCUACUACAAGUCUACAACAAGUUUUGCCCAGCUCCUAUGAGGAAGGGGCGCGCCUUCGACUCGCUCCGGUGUUUGUAGUAGUCGCUCGGUGGUCUACGGACCAAGAUGUAAUUUUUGUUACUUCUGGUGUUCUUUCUACUGCCAUGACAGAUGUUGAAUUGAUCGAAAGUGUUUUUUUCACAAAAAAAAAAAUAUUUGAGGUAAAAUGUUUGCAUAUUGAGAAAAAUAUGUUAGUGUAGAUCACAUAUCUAAAUACUAUAUAGGAUGUGAUAUGAAAAAAAUAACCAGGUAGACAUGAAAUGGUCAGGUAAGCCGGGUCAUUACUAAGACGAACGGGAUUUCCUACUACUCCCUCCGGAUAUGAAUAUAAGGCGGGGACGGGUUUUUAGGUCCGCCAUUUUGAGCAAGUAGUUAAAUUGACGACCUAAAUUCCCAUGCCCGACUAAUAUUCCUAUGCACUAAACAAGGCAUGGCUCUUGCGUCGUCCUUGACAUUUCCUGAACAAAAACACUGGCGCAUAAUACAGGCAAACAUGCACCUCGCACGUACGUAUACGGAGCUACAAACAAACAAAGCAAACAAGCGCAGCGCGGAAGCAUCAAUCGAGGUCCAGUACGGCAUUCUUCUAAAGAAA